CCCCAACGACGGCAUACACUCACACUCGCCCCAUCGCACACAGAAGACGUCAGAGGAGUGAGACACAGCAGUCUACUCUUGCACACCCUCCCUCCCCCUCCUCCUCCUCUCCACCGGCCAUGUCUGCGGCUCAGCCUCCCCCGCGGCAGUCCAAGCUGGCACCCGCACCCACCCUCCCUCCCCUCAACCGACAACCCUCUUCUUCCACUUCCCACUCUCACUCCUCUUCCGGCUCGUCUCACUCCUCCCACUCCUCUCACUCCUCGGUGAUAGCCCGCAAGAGGCAAGAGGCAUUCGGCUCUUCCGCUCAAGAAGAGGAGGCGCACGCCAUCACGCGCCCAGCAUGGAGCGCCAUUGCCAUUCUCGCACUCGUCGCCCUCUCUCACCUCGCAGGGCUCCACCUCUUCACAUCUGGCUUCUUGCUGAGAAGAGACGAGGUCACGGGUGUAGCCACAUGCGAUACUGCCAGCCCGCGCUCGCUACCAGCGCCGCCGAGGAGCUCGGACGAGGCCGAUCUCUGGGCGUGGGACGCUGCCAUUGAGGAACAGGGCGAGUGCACUCUACCCGCCGCCUUUGAUCGGGCAGUGGUGCUCAUCAUCGAUGCGCUCAGGUACGACUUUAUCGCUCCCAUCGAAACGCCGAGUGGCAGCGUAGAGGGGUCUGCGGACGUCCCUGCCUGGUCUCCCUCUCCGCACUACCACUCUCACUUUCUCACCCCCUCUGAGCUCGACACACAAGCCCGGACCGCCUCCUCGUCCGGCUCCCCCUCGGGCAGCUUCCUUGCACACUUCCUCUCCGAUGCUCCUACUACCACCCUCCAGCGCCUCAAAGGUCUCACCACCGGUACCUUACCCACAUUCAUUGACGCCGGCUCCAAUUUUGGCGGCGAGGCCAUCGGAGAAGACAAUUGGCUCAAGCAAUUCCGCUCCCUCGCCCUCCAACAGGCGUACGGAUCGACCAAUGCUACUGGGCCUGCUCACUUGGGAUUCAUGGGAGAUGAUACCUGGUUGAAAGUCUACCCGCAGCUCUUUGAUCGUGACUGGACGCACUUCUACGACUCCUUCAACGUCGAAGACCUGCAUACGGUGGACAAUGGGGUUAGGGAGAAGCUCCUCCCCUUUUUCGAUUCCUCGCGUGCAGACCUGGCGAAUUGGAGGCUGCUCGUCGCCCAUACGCUUGGGUUGGACCACGUUGGACAUCGCCACACGCCUGCUCACCCACUCAUGACGGCCAAGCUGCGCCAGAUGGACACCUUCGUAAAGGAGAUACUCGCCGGACUGCCUGAAGAUGCCCUCUUCAUCCUCGCUGGAGAUCAUGGAAUGGACGCCCAGGGCGACCAUGGGGGAGAAGGCGAGCUCGAAGUCGGCUCGGGUCUCUGGAUCUAUUCAAAGCGCUCCACUGGCUUCAGCGCCUCUUCUGCCACUACCACCGAGCUUGAUGAAUUCACUCGCGAUGUGCAGGCAUUGAGCGCAGCUUCGGAGACUUCCGAACAUCAAGGUCCCCCCGCCAAACGAUUCUUUCCCCCCCUCGGGUCGCUUCUUAAGCAUCGCUCCAUUCCACAAGUCGACCUUGUCCCCUCGCUCUCUCUCCUCCUCGGCACACCCCCACCCUUUGGCAAUCUGGGAAGCGUCACACCCGAGCUCUUUCCCCCGUCCUCAACCCCUUCGGGAGGAGAGGACCCCUCGCGCUUGCUGCGAGCUCUGCGCAUCAAUGCAAGGCAGAUUCGACGCUACCUCAAGUCGUCCGGUCCAGACUUGCAAGCCUUUUCUGCCGAACUCGAAGCGACGUACCUCAAGGCGCUGAAGCUGGAUGCAGCGGCGAUGGGAUUGUCGAAGCCGGCAAAGAAGUCAGACGAGUACUACCAGACGAGGAGGAGGGCCCUAGUGGCUUAUCAGACGUACAACCGAUUGGCGCUGCAUCGCGCUCGAAGUGUUUGGGCCGUCUUCAGUGAUGUCAAGAUCGUGCUGGGUCUGAUUCUCCUCAUUGCUUCGAUUGCAAUGGUGCUCAAGUUCAUCUUACUGGCGAGGAGGAACGGUGUCAAGACGUACGAUCUGGCUCGUCGCGUGGGUAAGCACUUUGGCGUGGGAGGUGUCACCCUGGGCAUCGCUUCCGCCUUGCUUCGAGGGCUGGGCUCGGUUGUCACCAUUCCCGUAUUGCCGACGGAGGGGCUAAGUCUCCUCCACACGAUUACCUCUGCGACCAUCUUCGGAGGGCAGGUCGCGGUCAUCUUCUCCCGCUUCACAGGCCUGGGCGAGGGGGAGGGCCCGCCAACCCAGGAGACGGCAGAGGAGGUCAAGCAGGCCUACCAGUCAGCCUCUUCUGCUCGAAGCUUUGCUUCUGCUCGAAGCGUUGCAGCAAAAAAGAGCGGAGCGGGCGAGCGAGCGGUAGCCACUACCACUCCUCACACUGGCUUCAGCUGGGCCAAGGAUCUCCUCGCCUUCUCACCAGUCUUGGCUCACUCACUCAUAUUCGCCUCCAACAGCCUCGUCGUAUGGGAAGACUCGAUUGUACACGCCCUCUUGGUCUCUGUACUCCUCUAUCGAGCCUGGGCUGGCUACAGUAAAGGUUCUUGGCUCCUUGAGCUGAGUGAAAAGCAAGGCAAGUCGGCGGGAUCGGCAGCGGCGGGAGCAACCAGCCCGAGAGCCAUCGCUACACGCUCGCGACAGCGAAUCCCAUACUUCAUGGGCGGAGCUGUCCUCCUCGUCCGACUGGUGAAGCUGAUCCAUGUCUGCAGAGAAGAGCAAGCGCCUUUGUGCACCUCGUCGACCUUCCACCUACGACCCCUCUCGGUCCUCCUAGACCCUGCGACUUCCACUCUGUCCUGCGUCGCACCUCUGUCGAUUCUGGCCAUGACCUAUGUCCUCUCUUCGUACUUUCUACCUCUGAUCCUCAGAAGCAGUCUAGCACAGAGCAAGAGCGAUACCGGCCUCGUCAAGUUCUGGUGCGAGUGGAUCUUCAGGACUAGCUUGAUGCUCGGAAGCGGGUGGUGGAUCAUUGAUUGGAUCGGUGAGGGACUAGUGAGCAAUGUCGGAGGAGGAGCAGCAUCUGCGGCAGGAGUAGCAAACGGAGGAGCAAUUCCUGCGCAGGCCGGCAAAGGAGCAAUCCUCCAGUGGGGCAAGAACCUCAUCGCUCGAGUCGACUUUGCACUGGUCGUGCUCAUCGGAAUGGCCAUUUGGUUCUUUGCUCCCCUCUGCCUCGAGGUCAAAGAAGAAGAGCCGAGCGCUGUCCCUCGCCCUACUUCUUCUUCUACCACUUCAGCACCUCUACCCUCUCCCCCCGCUACUACGGCAGAUCAAGCUCCCGCGCAGCGCAAAGUGCACCUGUUGGGCUUCUCCAAUGCCUUUGGCAGCAACUACCUCCUCUUCCUCUCCCUCGCGCUGGCACUCUGCUGGAUUGUCACCCCUCCUGCAGGCCAGCUGACGCUCGGCGCGACGUUUCUCAUUCUCAUCCUCCUCGCCGAAGUGGGAGAUGCAGAGCGCGAUCUCCUAGCCCUGGAGCGACUCAUCGGUCCCGCAGCUACCGCAACCGGCAGCGCGAGCGCCAACAAUCGAAGCAGUCUUUCGACCCGCACACCCAGCACCCUCGAAAUUGUCACCCUUCAUCUCUUCUCCCACCUCAUCUUCUUCUCCACGGGCCACCAAGCCACUUUCCUCUCCAUCCAAUGGCGCUCCGCCUUCAUUGGUUGGGAAAUCGUCACUUACCCCUGGUCACCGCUGCUGGUGGUGCUCAAUUCGUUUGCUCCGAUGGUGUUGCUGGGAUCGGGACUGGCGCUGCCCCUCCUCGUUAGCUGGAACUUGGCACCAUUGCCAAGAGCUGCACCUCCCCCUCCACCUACCUCGGCAUCGGCAUCGCCAUCGGCCUCAAGCUCAGCACAAGGUCAAGCCGGACAGCCUUUAUCUGCGCCUCCUCAAGCACCAUCCCAGCGCAUGCGCACCCCUCUCUCCCUCCUCCUCUCCUCCCUAACCCUCCUACUCAGCACCUCUCUCCUCACCCUGUCUUCAGCCCUCUUUGCCACCCUUUUCCGUCGUCACCUCAUGCUCUUCAAGAUUUGGGCACCGCGUUACAUGCUGGCUGGGAUCACAUUAUUGGGAGUGGAUCUGAGUGUACUGGGAGCGUUUGCUGCUUGGAUGAUCGUGGCGGGAAAGGUUGGGGUGACGUUGGGGAGUGGGUUUGAGUGAAAGUGGGGGAGGGGUAGAGGAGAGGGGAGAGGGAAUAAACACAAGUU